AUGCGACUGAAAAGGAGCUCCAAAGGAGAAUUGUGCGAUGAAGUGGAUUUAUCAGGAGUCAGAAUUCUACUAUUGGUAUGUGAUAUUUAUAAAAAGAAAAGGAAUAUUAAAAAGACCAAAUCAAGCGACAUGAAGAGACUGAAAGUGAAAAAUGAUGGAAAUGGAGCUAAACGAUCUAAAGGAGUCAUUGAAAAGACGUUCUCGAUUCUCCCUUCUCCCAUUCAACUUUCGACCAUAACUGUGCCUGGAGCUCAGUGUAUACGUCAUAUCUCUAUUGUGACGUCAGAAAGAAUAUGGGUGUACAAUGACCAUGAUCAGCUUUUACAAAUAGAGCAUAAUGGAAAGAUAUUACAUAAUAUUCCUAAAUUUUUCACAUUGAGUGGAUUCCAUGUAACCACAGAGAAAGGAGACCUGUUAUUUGUUGAACAAAGUGAAUACAAAGUGAAAAUGUUUGCAAAAGACGGGGAUAUUACCACACUUUUUACAACAGAAUGGAAACCAUAUUGUAUUCAUUACUCUCGGAUAAACGGUGAAAUACUUCUAGUUCAAUAUACAAGCACAACAAGAGGAAAAUUUCUCAGCAAAGUUACAAGACACGACAGUACAGGCUGGACACAGGUCAUUGAGGAGGACAAGAAUGGACGGAGGCUGUAUGAAAACGUACCACAAUACAUCACAGAAAAUAAGAACGGGGAUAUUUGGACAUCGUCCAGCUGGGGUCAAGUCGUAGUUGUAGAUAGCUCGGGACGACAUCGGUUUAACUACACAGGUCAAAAAUUCCAGUCUCACUUCAGGCCUAGCGGUAUCUGCACCGAUAGUUUAGGACAGGCAUUGGUGUGCAAUUGUUGGGUUAAUAGUGCAAGUGUUCAUCUUCUUGAUCAGGACGGUCAAUUCCUGCGUUUACUGCUGACGUCAGAUGACGGUUUACGUCGUCCGUGUGGCCUGUGUGUUGAUGACAAACAAAACCUUUAUCUUGGUCAGGAGACAAAUAAUGUAAUCACUGUGUACAAGUUUCUAGAGAUUUCCGAAGACUAA